GUCCUGUGUGUGAAGUACGCGGAAGCUACAGGCGGAGGGAGCUUCGACGGAAGCGGUCUGGUCUGUCAAGGGAGGAAAACAUUUUCCCCACAUUAUUAGACACAAAUAGGUUUACUCGUACCAAAUAACACCAUCAUCCGCUGCGAUGAUCCUGUUAGAAAUUAAUAACCGCAUCAUAGAGGAGACGCUGACGUUGAAGUUCGACGGCGCAUCCAACGGAACCAAACCUGAGGCUGUCGAUGUGACGUUUGCUGAUUUUGAUGGCGUCUUGUACCACAUCUCCAACCCCAAUGGGGACAAGACCAAAGUGAUGGUCAGCAUCUCCCUGAAGUUCUACAAGGAGCUGCAGGAGCAUGGCGCUGACGAGUUACUCAAGAGGGUCUAUGGAAAUUUUCUGGUUUCCACAGAGGCUGGCUACAACGUGUCCCUGCUCUACGACCUGGAGGCCCUGCCGGCCAAUAAGGAUGAGGUUGUUCACCAGGCAGGGAUGCUCAAGAGGAACUGCUUCGCUUCAGUGUUUGAAAAGUACUUCAAGUUCCAGGAAGAGGGCAAAGAUGGCGAGAAGAGGGCUGUCGUCCACUACAGAGAUGAUGAGUCAAUGUAUUUGGAGGCCAAGAAAGACAGAGUGACCGUGGUGUUCAGCACAGUGUUCAAAGACGACGACGAUGUCAUCAUCGGCAAAGUCUUCAUGCAGGAGUUUAAAGAGGGUCGGAGAGCCAGCCACACAGCUCCCCAGGUGCUCUUCAGCCACAGGGAGCCUCCUCUGGAGCUGAAGGACACAGAUGCUGCUGUCGGGGACAACAUUGGAUACAUCACCUUCGUGCUGUUUCCUCGUCACACCAAUGCCAAUGCCAGAGACAACACCAUCAACCUCAUCCACACCUUCAGGGACUACCUGCACUACCACAUAAAGUGCUCCAAGGCCUACAUUCACACACGGAUGAGAGCCAAGACAUCAGACUUUCUCAAGGUGCUGAACCGUGCUCGACCUGACGUUGAGAAGAAGGAAAUGAAGACCAUUUCUGGGAAGACUUUCUCCCGCUGAGGCCAGCCUUCGCUCGAGAAAUCCAAAUUCCCUGUGGACACGCUCAAUCGCACCACAAAUCUGAGUCAACGCCACAUUGGACAGGACUUCAGGACGCCCCCCUCGCCUCGCCUCCCAAAAAUGUGUCCAGCUUCUGUUUUGUUUAGGUUUUUUGUUUUUUGUUUGUUUUCUUGCUGUUUUGAAUGAGUAAUAAAGUCUGCUCCUCACCAGGAAAGCCAAGGAAAAAUGGAAGAAAGGGCAUUCCUUGCUUUGCAUUGUUAAAGAGAAUUAUUAGUCCUAUAUAAAUAUAUAUAUGAACAAAAUGAAUGAAACUUUUGAUACGAUAUUUUACUCCAUUUGGUACUCUUGCUUGCCCCCUCUGUCUUCACCAUGCGUUAUCCACACGUUGGAUAAUUUAAAUUCCCUUCCUCUCUGUUCUGUACCAUCAUCAUUUGAACAAUAAAACACUUUAAAAACAUCAA